AUGAACACGCGAAGGCUGCUUCGCAGCAACAACGCAACCACCCACCCAAACUACAACAAGCAAGUUCUUGCAAAGGGCCAGACCGGUCCUAGGGCCACAACAAGACAUACAAAGGAAGAGAAAAAGCUCAGCAGCACGAAGAAAACCGCAAGUCCGGUGGAAGAAAACCCGGCGGAAACUGAACACACCACCUCCCAAACGCAGCAACAACGGGCCCGAACAAACAACCUCGGCCCAUCCUCCUGGAGUGACAGCUUUGAAGAGGAGGCCAUCCCGGCGAACAGCAAAACAGGCACAGUUGACAUCCACGGAAUGGAGAUGGAACGUCGGGCUCACCUUCACACUUCACAAAUAAUCACGGACCUGAUGGACUCAGACACUGAGAUGGGACUGAAAGAAGAAAACGAAACCAGCUGA